AUGUACUCAGCGUUAUGGAAGCACACAGCAACCACACCGACCACCCACACGAAGCGCCAAAACGAUGCCAUGGGCCACGACGUCUCGGGUGAGACGAUACUCUCGACUAUACUUAUCCUAUUCGCCCUCGCAACAUUGGCAGUCAUUGGCAGAUUCUAUACGAGAUUCGUGCUGUGGCGUGAUGGAGGUGUUGACGACUGGCUCAUCCUCACCGCCCUAACCUGGGCCCUCGCCAUGACAAUUUGUGAAGGCCUCCAAGUUAGCUACGGCCUCGGAACAGGCGCCAAACUCCUCGCCACCAGCCUCGAUCCGAACCUUCGUAAGGGCUUCUGGGCUGUGAUCUGGACUUAUCACCUCGCGAUGGGCUUUGCACGUCUCUCCGUCAUAAUGCAAUGCCUUCGAAUCUUCCCGCAGGCCUCUCAUGGUUGGGUCAAGUGGUUGAUGUGGUUCCUUGCCGCGUUUAACUGCAUUAACAUGACCUGGGCGUUCCUCAGCAGUGUUAUGACAUGUGUACCUGUGCAGAAGUUCUGGUUGCCAGAUGAGGUUGAUGGAAAAUGUCUCAGUAGGGUGGUGUUGUACAUGACGAACUCAGCCCUGGCAAUGGUCCUGGAUUUCGCCGUGGCGAUUCUCCCAAUCCCCUGGAUCCGCAGUCUGCGCCUCCCAUCUCGGCAGAAAGUGCUCCUCUGCGGAAUCUUCAUCCUCGCAGGCUUCCCCUGCGUCCUCGCAGCAAUACGAGUCCAAUCCCUAAUCGAAGUAACCACAAGUUCCGGCUCAAACUACACCGACGGCAUCCUCGCAAUCUUCAGCUGCAGCGAAGUCUAUGCAGCAAUAAUCUGCGCCUGCCUCCCCUCGCUCAAAGCCUGCUGGAACCACCUCCGCCCCAAAUGCAUCAGACCCUCCCACGCCGUCUGCAAAUGGCUGCCGUGCUCAAGCUGUGAGUAUUUCAGUGCAGGUUCGCUCAGUACCAUUUCACAUCGGCUGAAACUUUGGCGGCAAGGUCGGCGAUGCCAUACCGAAGACCGCGACCGGCCUAGUGUUAACGAUUCGCGGAUCGAGCAGCAAGCAGGCGAACCGCAUCCGGGGCAAGAGCUCGAGGUACGAAGGCCUCAGCGAGCUGCGGCGAAAGAUUGGGCUAAGAGUACCAUGCAGACGAUUAUGGAAGACGAGGGCCCGAUGGAGGUGCAAUGGAGGGAGACUGGCACGAGAGUGCCGAGAUUGGGGGUGUUGCCUAGUAUGCCGGGCUAUAGCGAUCCGGACAGUAUUGGGACUGCUACAACGGUGGGUGUAUUGCCGAGGGCUGCUGGAUAUUCCGGGACGACGUUUGUAAAUACUGCUGGAUCCACAGAACGUGGUUGA